AACCGGGAGGCAUAAGAAAACCCUAGCUGUGGUCUGGGGAGCUCGAUCGGGCGAAGAUGGCGUCGGCGCUGUUGAGGGCGAAGCGCGCCGCGGGUUUCUCGUCGGCGGUGACGGCGAUGUCGACGGCGUCUAUAUGCAGGGCGUUCGCGUCUCUGUCCGUGGGUUUGGAUAUCAUAUCCGCCGCACCCAAUGUGGCGCUUCAGAAGGCGCGCUCCUGGGACGAAGGCAUCGCCUCCAAAUUCUCGACAACGCCUCUGAAAGACAUCUUUCAGGGGAAGAAAGUUGUCAUCUUUGGAUUGCCGGGUGCUUACACUGGUGUUUGUUCAGCGCAACAUGUUCCUAGCUACAGAAACAACAUCGAAAAGUUCAAGUCUAAAGGCAUUGAUUCUGUGAUCUGUGUUGCUGUCAAUGAUCCAUAUGUUAUGAAUGGAUGGGCCGAAAAACUUCAGGCAAAGGAAGCAAUCGAGUUUUACGGUGACUUCGAUGGGAGCUUUCACAAAAGCUUGGAGUUGGAUUUGGACCUCUCUGCCGCAUUGCUUGGGCAUAGGUCUCAAAGGUGGUCGGCUUAUGUUAUUGACGGGAAAAUAAAGGUGCUUAACAUCGAGAAAGUUCCUUCUGAAUUUAAAGUCUCCGGUGGCGAGGUGAUCUUGGACCAGAUUUGAUCGGUUCGCAUAUCUGUUUUGAUGAACUAUUUGAGCCGAGAACUAUGUUGCUCUAAAUAAAUGAAUCCAAAAACAAUCCAUUGAGAUUUUGUUUUGCCUUUUGGUGAAAGUAUUUCAUCAUAUUGUUUGUAUAUUUCAGUGGCCAUUGUUGUUGAAAAUAUUUGAUCGAGUGUGUUGGUUGAUA